UUCGGUUGCGGAGGUGAGACCGGUAUCCGGGCACUCUAGCACGUUGUGAAGCCACUAGCUCUCCGACACCCUUUACGGCAAUUCAAAGAAUCAACCGAUUAAAAGGCAGCAGUUUUUAAUACAACUGACCAGUUGAGAUUUCCAGUCGACCAAAGAAAUGGUGAUGGAGAAGCCAAGUGCCCAGCUGGUCGGGCGAGAGUUUGUCCGACAGUAUUACACACUCCUGAACCAGGCCCCAGACUACCUGCACAGGUUUUAUGGAAAGAACUCGUCUUACGUGCACGGCGGCCUGGACAGCAACGGCAAACCACUGGAGGCUGUUUACGGCCAAGCUGAGAUCCAUAAGAGGGUGAUGGCUCUGAGUUUCCGUGAUUGUCACACAAAGAUCCGACAUGUGGACGCCCACGCCACCCUGAACGAAGGCGUGGUGGUCCAGGUGAUGGGGGAGCUGUCCAACAACAUGCAGCCCAUGAGGAAAUUCAUGCAGACAUUUGUUCUGGCACCCGAGGGAACUGUUGCAAAUAAAUUCUACGUCCACAACGACGUGUUUCGCUACCAAGAUGAGGUGUUUGGUGACUCGGACUCUGAACCCCCAGAAGAGUCUGAAGAUGAGGUGGAGGAGUUGGAGAGGGUCCCGUCUCCUGAUGUGGCCCCAGAGGAGUCGGCCCCCUACUACGACCCAACAGCUUGUUCAGAACCAGCGGCUCCUGGUGACGAGGAGGAAGAAGCCGCGGUGAGCCCAGAACCGGAGCACGAGGCGGAGAAGGAGGCGGAGGUUGCGGAGGUGGAGCUGAAAGUUGAGGUGAUGCUGGAGACGCAGACAGAAGCGCUCACGAUUGAGGAUCAGACAGAGAAAAGCCCCUCCACAGCCACCGCCCCCACCACAGAGCCUGCGCCCGCUGAGGCCACGCCUCCUGCUCAAGAGGUAAACAGGUUCUCCUGGGCACUGGUUACCAGUAAGAACCUUCCUCCCAGUGGGGCUGUCCCAGUCUCAGGAUUCCCUCCACAUGUAAAAGCCACUCCCACAGCACAGCCAAGAGUGGAAGUAAAGCCAGAGACCCAGACAGCACAGAGACCGCAGCGGGACCAGAGGCCGAGAGAACAGCGGCCCGGCGGUCCUCCACCCCCCAACAGGGGGCCGAGGCCAGUUCGUGAAGGUGAGCAGGGUGAGGUGGAGGGCCGCAGGAUGGUCCGGUACCCAGACGCCCACCAGCUUUUCGUGGGAAACGUUCCGCAUGACGUGGAUAAGACGGAACUGAAGGAGUUCUUUGAACAGUACGGGAAUGUCCUCGAGCUGCGGAUCAACAGCGGCGGGAAGCUCCCAAACUUCGGCUUUGUGGUGUUUGACGAUUCUGAACCUGUACAGAAAAUCCUCAGCAACAGACCCAUCAAGUUCAGAGGUGAUGUCCGUCUAAACGUGGAGGAGAAGAAAACCCGGUCGGCCAGAGAGGGCGACAGGCGAGACAUGAGGCCCCGUGGUCCAGGAGGCCCCGGCGGCCCCAGAGAGCGAAUAGGAGGCGGAGGGGGACCGAGGGGACCCCCGACUCGUGGCGGCAUGUCACAGAAACCCAGCUUUGGUUCUGGACGGGGCGCCGGGACCGCAGAGGGCCGCUAUUCUGCUCCUCGUCAGUAAAACCCCCUGGAGUUGGAUCAACUGUCGUUUUUGAGUUUUCUGCAACAGGAACUGAUUGGAAAAAGCUAAAUUAAUGAAACAAAACAAACAAAAAAAAAAAAGAACCUCCCUUUACAUCCAGGAGGGAACAUCGGCAGGAAUUAUAGAUUUGGAGUCAGGAAUUUGGGUUGCUGCUCAUGCGUUGCCUAACUUCUGAUUUAUUUCUGCAUUUUUCUGUCUCCUAAAUGUUUUCGGCUCAAGUUUUUGGUCAAACUUUUAAACAUCAAGUCACAUCUGCUGAAUUCAGGCGGCAGAGUCAUCCGUCUGUUUGUUCCAAAGCCGCUCCCCUUCCAACACAAACCUUCCCACCCCACCGCCAGUUCCACAGCAGAGUCCCGCCUUUCCACACUCCAGGGACUCAUCUUUACUGUUCAGGGAGAAAACUGUUGGAUGCUGAGACUCAUUUAAAGAGACAGGAGUGCUGAUGCAGACGACAGUUUUUAGCAUUCCCACACAAGGAGUUCUGAAUGCUUUGCAAGUUUGCCGUCUCAACUUUUAACCCCCACCAAAAAACUCUCGGAAUGUUUUUUUUUUUUUUUCCUGAUCGUCUAGAGAAACCAGAAUGGAUCCACCAUAACUGCUGUCUGCAUUUUCUCCUGAAGCUGAGUCGCUCCUCCGGUGAACAGCUGUUUCCUCUCAUUCUGAUGGCGCUCCCUCCUGAAUCCAGACAUCGGUUUGUGCAGGAGACAUAACCAGCUCUGCAGUUGGAUCAGCCCUGGAUGUUUUUAUUGCUUUCACCUGUUUUUACCUGGACUUUAAGUCAACUUAUUUUGCCAUUUUUCAUUGCUAAACUUGAAUUUGUUAAAUCAGAACACAAACACAUGAAAAGGGUAAAUACUACUUGAAUUGGGGAUUUGUAAACCCAGAUGUUUCGCGUUCUCUCUCCCUGUUUCUUAAAGGAACGUGUACUUUUACUGCUUGGGCAAUCCUGUGUAUUGCUGCCACCGUUGUAUCUAGCGAUGGAUCUGUCUUUUUAUUCUAUCAGGUCAAAGAGCUGAAAUGUUGUAGUUUUAUUUUAGUAAUGUCUGAAUGGAGCAUGUAUCAAAACCUGUCAGACUUGUACUACCGAUGCACUUCAUUUGUCAUCUGAAAAAUAAGCUCACAUGCCGAUGAGAGAACUAAAUUAAAAGCGAUUUACUGUUUUAACCUCGUUUGGUUUUUGUUUGCCUAAAAUCAAGGUUUGCAAUGCUAAUUAGUUCACACAGCAAGAUUUUUAUACAGAUUUUUGUCCCAAGUUCUCCUACCAAACGUAAUCAGGGACAAAUAUCUGUUUAUGGUUUUCAUCAGCUGUAAACCAUAAUCAUCUAAAUUAAAAUAAAGUGCAUUUCAACACA